AUGGCCGUACAGCUUCCCGAUGAGAAGUUGGGAGUCGCCAUUGGCGUUCUCGUGUACUCGUUCUUUUAUGUCGCCCUCAUCUCCAUAUCGACAGGCUUGGGAUCUGCUGGUUCGAUAGCCCAGCAACUACACACCAUUGUGCGAUGGCGUGAUAUCAAGACCCAGCAGCAUACGAAUGCGCUGGCCAACGUGGGAAACCCCGAGCUGGCCCUCGCGGGGCAGUCUGCCGGCCUUGACCUUGUGCUGUUCUAUAUCCAAUUCUACUCCUAUCAGGUCACAGCCAUGGCGACGUUUUUCUGGGCCGCCGCACUCGCACAGUCCAUCUUUCAACUCAGCUUCAUUGAAUCCUUCAGAGGCAAAGCCAACCCCAUUUCGAAAGUCGUCGCCAUCAUUUUACCGGCCAUCAUGCUCAGCCUCCUGCGCAUCGACGCUAUCCAAACCAAUACCGUCUUGUUCAUCGGGAUAGCGGACUUUCUGCUCCUUGCUUGCAUCUCCGGAAAAAUGUGCUGUCGUGGAACGUCAACUACGGCAAGCGAUCCGAGGGGUCCGUCGGACAACGUCACCGUCUCGAGCGUCGUCCGACCGCGGCGCCAGAGCAUAUAUGACAACGCCUUUCAAAUGGUGACCAUCGUCUUCCAGGUCAGCGCGUCGCGGCGCAACAACCUCGAAUCCAUAGGGACGGAGCCCGACCUCGGCAUGGACCGACUGCAGUCCGAUCUGCUCGUCUUCAUCCCCGGCGUGACGGCCAGUCUCUUGACGUUUGUCGUGUUCGGCACGACCAAGACGUUCCGCGACUACAUGCGGUCGCACUUUGUGCCCAGGCCGCUGCGCAACGGCUUCAGGCUGCGACACCGGGGCUCGCAGCGGCUCGAGUCGGAGCCGCCUACUCCCGGGCUGCCGUUUCGAAAUGACGUCCCGGACCUGGAGCAAUACCCGGCGCCGUCCUACCAGCAGGGCAUCAGGCUGAGCGAAAUCCAUGUGGACAGGCAGGGCAAUGGUGGUGGUGCCGUUGAAGAGUGGCCCAUGAAGGGGGCUCCCACGUCAGCACCAAACGGGAGGACGACAGUGACUCGAAUAUGA